AUGGAACCAUCGCCGGAACCUUCGGAGCAUAAGGAAGAAGAAGACGAAGAAUGGGAAGUCGAGUCUUAUGAUGAGCCGGAUGAGUUUGAACUUUUAGAGCCCAUAGAGAAGCUGGAUUAUGAGCAAGAGUUGUCCAGUGCUCCAUUCCAAGUAGAACAUCAUGGCGUCCUACAAAAUGGGUUAACAUACUAUGUCAAGAAAAAUAGCAUACCUAAAGAUAUAAUACUUGUGAACUUGAUCGUAAAAGCAGGGGCUGUUUGUGAAGAGGAAAAUGAACGUGGUGUCGCGCACAUUAUUGAGCAUCUAGUUCUGGAGGGAUAUGGAUAUACCAAUUCGGAUGCGACUGAAUAUUUAAAAGCUUUCAAACAUCAGUGUGGUGCUCAUCAACAGGCCAAAACAUAUUGGGACCAUACAAGUUAUAACUUUUCUGUGACCAACACGGAGGAUUUGAGGAAAGCACUUGCAUUAACUGCUGCAAUCUCUCGAGAGCUUGUUGUCACGUCUGAUGAACUUGAGAAAGAGAAAUUAAUCGUAAUAGAUGAGCUUUGGCAUGGUUCUCAGAUUGUUGAGAAACAACAUAGUCGCAUUUUUAGUGCUCAAUUAUAUCAAGGAACAAAGUACGCUGAGCCUCUGGGUGGCACAGAAAAAAAUGUACGAGAUCUCUCCGUGGAUAUUGUAAAGGGGUUUUACCUGAAGUGGUAUGUCCCAAACAAUAUGGCUGUUAUUGUUGUGGGUGAUGUAACUGAAACACAGAGUAUAAUUGGUUUGAUUAGAACCUACUUUGAAAGAGUCUUUGGUUUUAGCAAUGUUGAACUCCUUCAUGAGGUAUCUUCUUAUUGUCAAAUUUCUGGAAAAUCAUCGCUAAUGCAUGCAUUUCUUCUUCUUUGGUUUGUGAAGUGGGGGAAGUCUCAGAAAGUCAUUGUUGAAAGGUUGAAGAAAUUUUUUUUAAGCAUGACCAACUCAAAAGAAAUUCAGUACUCUAGAGAAAAUGAUUCACAGAUGUAUAGCAAUUUUGUGGUUUGGGUGGAGUGUGAAGGAUGUGAAACAAUUAAGGUGUUGGAGACAUUCCUUAUGGAGAUUGCACGAUUGAGAGUCCACGGGAUAGAAGAAAACGAACUAAGUGAAGGACGUGUCUAUUGGCUGAGAAUCGCUGGGGCCGAAUACCGGAAUCGUCUUGAUCAUUCUUCAGAGGAACUUCAAAAUAACUACACCAGACACUUCAAUUAUCGUGAAUGUGAUUUGUGUCCUAAGCUGCAGGCACAGCUUAUAGUAGCUCUUACUAAAAGUAUCAAUUUGGAAAAGAUGAAGAGCUUCUGUGAGUUGCAAUGUAAAGCAUCUAAUUUAUCAGUUAUCAUACUUCAAAGCAAGAAUUUCGUGACACAAGAGGAUAUGAAGGGGUCAUUGCAGAAGAUUACUGAUUUGGAAAAAGAGGGAUCCCUUGCUCAAUGGUCAGAUGAAGAAGUGGAGGGUUCAAACAAUCUGAUACUAGAGAUGGAGCCUGAAUCAGGGAGUAUGUUUUUGAAUACAGAAUACCAUGUUCGACUUGCAUCUUUUCUAGUGCUUAUGGUGCGCUUGAGUGGAUUCUCAUAUGGAGGUCUCUCAGAACUGGCAAAAGAAGAUCUCCUCAGUUGCUUGUUCUCAUGUGAAAUCGGGCAAAAUGUCUUGUGUAAGAGCUUUGAGAGAUUUUUUACUGCACGUGAUAAAGUCGGUUUCAACGUUGUGGUGGACGAGUAUAAAAGAGCUUUCAGUGCGAAUUUUGUUGACUCAUCGUAUAUCAAACUUGCACUUCAGAUUGUAUAUUUUCUAUUCACAAGUGACCUAGAACCUGAAGAAGAAGAUUUGCAAGCUGUAGUUGAUGACCUAAGAGAGCGUCUGUCUCCCAGACAUCAACGCCUGCAGGAUAUCCUAGUGAAUACUGCCAAGGAGAUCAAUAGCGGUGGAUCUUGCAUUUACAAGGUCUGUAUUACCAAAUGA